AUGGCAGCUGAAGCAACAACAGCACCGACGACAACAUUCGACAAGUCACCAGGCAGUAGUGAUACGUCGCUGUGCUCUAAGGAUAAAAGGGUGUGGUUUUUGGUUGCUUUGAUUGUGUUUCUGUUUGCUUUAAGUUGGUCCAACUGGUGGACGGGCACAUCGUUCGACAUGUUACGCACGCUGGAAAAGCGGAUUCUGUCCUAUCUCAAGACACCGUACCGGGGCAGCUUCGUUGACGUGGGCCACUGUGUGGGGGAGGCAGAUAAGGUAUGGACGCUGUCACUCAACACGGAAUCUCCGAACGUGCCGCUAGUGCUUGUGCACGGCCUCGGUGCCGGUGUAGCGCUUUGGGUGCUGAACCUGGACGCACUCGCCAAAGAUCGGCCAGUGUAUGCGAUCGAUGUGCUAGGGUUUGGCCGUAGCUCUCGGCCACGCUUCUCCUCCGAUCCGAUGGUGGUGGAGAAACAGCUGGUAAAAUCGAUCGAAGAAUGGCGGCGCGAGAUGAACCUGAAGGAGAUGAUUCUGCUCGGUCACUCGAUGGGCGGUUUUAUUGCGGCCAGUUACGCACUGUCUUAUCCGGACCGAUUGCGUCAUCUCAUACUGGCCGAUCCGUGGGGCAUGCCGGAGAAACCGAAAGACUUCGAGAACAAUGUGCGCAUCCGGUUUUGGUUGAAGCCUAUCUUUGCCGUUUCGAAGAUGCUGAACCCGCUGUGGCCGAUACGGUUUGCUGGUCCGUACGGACCGUCGCUGGUCAAUCGGUUCCGGCAGGAUAUAGUGAUGAAGUUUUCAUCCGUCAUUACGGAAGGGAUGGAUAUAUCGAACUACAUCCAUCAAUGCAAUGCACAGAAUCCGACCGGUGAAGGCGCGUUCCACUCGAUGAUGCAGGACUUUGCGUGGGCCAAAAAUCCAAUGCUCAAUCGUAUCGGUGACAUGAAAAGUACCGUGCCGGUUACGGUAUUGUACGGUUCCAAGUCCUGGCUGCUGCACACUAGCCCACCGGAUACGGUAAAACAGCUUGGGGAGAAUAGCUUUGUGAAGGUGAAAAUUAUCGAAGGUUCGGGCCACCACAUCUACGCGGACGAUGCCGACGCGUUCAACCAGAUGGUGAAUGAAGCUUGCCGCGCGGCAGAUAGUGUGCAGAAGCCAGCAGAGCCUGCGAAAUAA